CUGUUAUCGGCAGAGGAAAAAAAAUCCUUACAGUCGCCAUGAUACAGCAGCGGAAACUGGUGAGAAGUGGCUAGAAAACAAAAGAGAACACGCAGUCGUCCUCGCGAUUUGGUAUGGUCUUGCAGUGUUAUAGGAAUGCCCAAGGAAAAAUAUGACCCGCCGGAUCCCAGGCGGAUGUACACAAUUAUGUCUAGCGAGGAAGCAGCCAACGGGAAGAAGUCAUACUGGGCUGAGCUGGAAAUCAGUGGCCGAGUAAGGAGUCUCAGCACAGCCCUGUGGUCUCUCACCCACCUCACUGCCCUGCACGUCAGUGACAACUCAUUGUCACGCAUCCCGCCAGACAUUGCCAAACUACACAACCUGGUGUAUCUGGAUCUCUCAUCCAAUAAGAUCAGGAGCCUGCCGGCAGAGCUCGGCAACAUGGUGUCUCUCAGGGAACUGCUUUUAAAUAACAACCAGUUGCGGGUUCUGCCAUUUGAAUUGGGGAAACUGUUUCAGUUACAAACACUGGGGUUGAAAGGAAACCCACUUGCACAAGAAAUUAUGAGCCUCUACCAGGAACCCGACGGCACGCGGAGACUGCUCAACUACUUGUUAGACAAUCUGGCAGGGGCUAUCAAGCGCAUGCCAACAGAGCAACCCCCAGCUCGGUCAUGGAUCUCUCUCCAGGAACUAGACAGAACGCGACCCUCUGCACUGUUCUCUGUGAUGUGCUACAAUGUGCUGUGUGAUAAGUACGCCACACGACAGCUAUAUGGCUACUGCCCAUCUUGGGCUCUAAACUGGGAGUACAGGAAGAAAUCCAUCAUUCAGGAGAUCCUGGGCUGCAAUGCAGACAUCAUCAGUUUGCAGGAAGUUGAGACAGAGCAGUACUACAGUUUCUUCUUGCCUGAGCUGAAAGAGCAGGGUUACGAGGGGUUCUUCAGUCCAAAAUCACGAGCCAGGACCAUGUCAGAGUCGGACCGUAAACACGUGGAUGGAUGUGCAAUUUUCUACAAGACGGAAAAGUUCAGCGCAGUGCAGAAGCACACAGUGGAGUUUAACCAGCUGGCCAUGGCUAACUCCGAGGGCUCAGAGGCAAUGCUGAACAGGGUGAUGACCAAGGACAACAUCGGGGUAGCUGUACUGCUUGAGGUCCGCAAAGAGAUGAUGGAGGUCUCCUCUGGGAAGUCACUCCAUGGCAUGGAGAAGCAGCUGCUCCUGGUAGCAAACGCUCAUAUGCACUGGGACCCAGAAUACUCUGACGUGAAGCUGGUCCAGACCAUGAUGUUCCUGUCAGAGGUGAAGAACAUAGUGGAUAAAGCCACACGCAGCCUCAAGUUGUCCUCGGUCUCUGGUGAGACCAAUGCCAUUCCGCUGGUGCUGUGCGCUGACCUCAACUCCUUGCCUGACUCUGGCGUGGUGGAGUAUCUUAGUUCUGGUGGAGUUGACUGCACCCACAAGGACUUCAAAGAGCUUCGUUAUAGCGACAGCCUGACCAAAUUCAACUGCAAUGGCAAGAACAGCACGUCCAAUGGCAGGAUCACCCACGGCUUCAAGCUGAAGAGCGCCUACGAGAACGGCCUGAUGCCUUACACCAACUACACCUACGACUUCAAGGGUGUCAUUGACUAUAUUUUCUACUCCAAGCCUCACCUGAACGUGUUGGGUAUCUUGGGCCCACUGGACCCACACUGGCUCGUAGAGAACAAUGUCAGCGGCUGCCCACAUCCCCACAUCCCCUCCGACCACUUCUCCCUCUUUGCCCAGCUGGAGCUGCUCCUGCCCAACAUGCCCCCCCAGGUCAAUGGGCUCCAUCUGCCUACACGCAGGUAGUGAGUCCCUGCCACACCACCAGAGAGAGCUGCAACCACAGCCGCUCCCUUUCCACCCCUCCUCCCUCCCACUACCAGCUCUUCCCUCCACAACCCCGGAGGAGGAAGACAAAAAAACACAACCUGUAAAAUAUUCGUACAGUGAGGUCUGGCCGACAGGGAUUUCGUAUAAUGUUAUAGAUAUUCUAUAUUUUUCUUUUUUCUUUCUCCGUUUUUAUUUUUUGUUCUUUUUUUAACUGCUCGAUUCAGUCCUGUUGGUGUAUCAUAUUUUGUGUUUUGGACUCCCUUUCCUCCUCAAAUCCACCCACCCACCCACUUUGCUUCUGUCUCUGAAACUAGAAGGGAUGGUAGCUCAUUCAGAUUCGUCACCUGGGGCACUGUUUGGUUUAAGAGCAAGGGAAAACGCCAAAGUGGCUGAGGGGGUGACAUUCACCAGAAAAGCUCCAUAGCUGAUGGUCUGCCUGUCUGUCUGUCCUGUAUAAAUUUGAAACCAGCAAAGACAGCAGACUUGUCAGUCUCAGACCUCCAUCAUUGGCUUGUGCUCGUUUUCCCCUGUACUCUGGGCAGCCAGCGUACUUUCUCAGUCUUUCUUGGAUACACAUGUUUGUCGAGUUAGUGCAGCUUUUAGCUGGUAGUUAAGCGUCUCUGGAAUGGGAUGUAGUGCAGCUGGUAUGAGACAGGAUUUCCUGCUGUCCUUCUGUGGUGCUCAGGCCUUUUAUGUGGUCACGGCCUCCCGUGGUGCUACAAGGUAGUCUACACCUCUGACCCUGGCCCUGGCGCAUUAGCUACCAAAACCCACAGAUGCCUCAAGAACCAGACGUCCGCAAACAACAUUUGCCUGAUGUCACAUGGGCAAUGUACGUAGUGUUAAUUUGUGAAGGAAGGAUAAGGUGAGAAACUGAGAGCAGCUACCAUCCUGUUUGCAGACUGUUCACCCCAGCUUAUAUAGUUGUUAGGCUAGUCCUGUGCUUAGGAGCUCAUGUGGCCCAUGUACCACAAUUUUUGGUCCAGGGGCAAGGGAUUUAGGCUGAUGGGCAAAACGGUGAGGGGCGUUCACAAAUCUUUUUUUAUUUGUCUUGAUUGCUUUUAGGCAGAGAGCGAGCAAUGGCUAAUACGCAGGAGUAAAACCAGCAGUCCUCUCACUGUCUGGAGUUGCUAUCUGACUCCACACAUGCAAGCUUACACACACUCACGCAUACACACACAACACAGGUAAUAUACAGGCAGAUCUGUAGCACCGUCUCCGAGGCCAGUAGUGACUUUCCCCAGCCAUAAAUUCCAUACACAAAAGCAGUGGGGUUUUUUCACAAGUGUUUGUACAGAAUAGAAAUCUAGACUCAGUCUUUACAUGAUUGUAUAUGAACCACAAAAGACCUGUUUUCUGGCGUUUUUUGUACUAAGAGUAAAUUAUGAUCAGAUUUGAAAAAAAAGAUUGUAUUGUAAACUAUGGCUAAAUUUUUAUCCAGUUAAUGUUAAGAUGAAUUGAUAUUACCAGCUUGUACAAAAGACGUAAGAAGAGGUUGUUCAAGGUGUUCGCUGUCACUAUUGCACUCCCUAGAGAUUAACUAAUUAAUCUAUCAGUAUUUUUU